AUGGCAGAAGGCGUCCGGAACCCAUACCUUUCUGAGGCCCAGGCGAAGAAAAUGAAGAGCUGGAACGUUACAGUUUUGGGCAGUUUUCUGUCGUUGGAUGCGAAAACUCUACAAUCCUUGCUUCCAACCUCGGAGGUCGUGCUGAUGGCGGCCGAUAAUCCCUUCUUCAUCAACCAGGUGCACGCGCCGCCGCUGACGGCGGACGGGAGGACGGUGAGGUACCUCGGGAGCUCUGGCUAUGGCGGUGCCCGCUUCCAGAACGACGUGGCGCCUGCUGCUGUGCACUCUGGUGGUGCUCAACUCAUGGGCGUUCCCGUCGACGUGAGCUCCCUCGUGGACUGGAUAGGCAUGGCUCCGGCGGGGUUCGAAAUGCCGGAGGGGGCGCUUGCAGCCGUCGGCUACAACGCCCUUGGUGCCGUUCCCGUUGACGUUGCGGCGGCUCGGCAGCCGCAAACCGGAAGCAACGGCAAACCAGCGCCGUUCAAGGGAUCGUGGACAUUGGAAGAGGACAACAUCUUGAAAGACAAGGUGCAGCAGCACGGCGAGCAGAAGUGGUCGGUGAUAGCGCAAUCUCUCCCCGGCCGGAUCGGGAAGCAAUGCCGUGAGAGAUGGAUCAACCAUCUACGACCUGACAUCAAGCAAAAUGAUGUAUGGACCGAGGAGGACGACCUGAUGCUUAUCGACGCACACAAAUACUACGGAAACCGCUGGUCAACGAUCGCAAGGUACCUCCCGGGACGAUCAGAGAACGCCGUCAAGAACCACUGGAACGCGACCAAGCGCAGCCUGAAGGCAAAGCGCCGAUUGAAGAAGAAGAAGAGCGAGCAGGCGCCACCCGGCCAAUUUUCUGUCCUGGAAGAGUACAUCCGCAGCCUGAACCAGCAGGCCACCGAGCCUACGGUGCUGCCGCCGGCCGUGCCCACGCCAGCAGCUGGCUCCAACCCGGCCGAAAUGGGGAUGAACUUCACCGCCGCCAACUCGACCGGGUUGGCGAACGCGAACCAGCUGAGCACGAUAAAUCUCAACAUGCCGCUGCUGCCGGACCUGAACGCCAGCAGUGAUCCGCAGGAGGUGUACUACUGCCUGAGCUAUCCGAUGUACGUUCCAGGGCCGGCACCGCAGCUCCAACUGGCGAGUCAAGACCCUCAUCAGCAUGCGUAUACCAGCUUGAACUAUGCAUUCGCUGACUACCCCACGAUGCACGGUGAGCUUGGCAGAUACUACGACGCAUGUGAAUCUUCCACCAAUGCCAAUGGAAAUGCCUACUACAGCGAGGCUGGGCCAAGCAGCGCCGGCGGCAGUGGUGAUCCGGAGGCCACCGACGAUGUCGUUGAGCUGGCGUCAAGGGAAUUCCUGACGCCGUCCAAAGACGAGGUCACUCUUGACUUAACCAGGUUCAUGUGA